AUGGCAGUCGAAAGAGGGGAUGAAAACGAAGUCCUAUACCUACUGAACAACUGGGCGGAUGUCAAUAUAAAAAAUCUAGAAGGCGUAGGACCACUUCACAUAGCCGUGGCAAAGGGGCAUCACCAUUUGAUCGGUCCCCUGAUCAACCACGGGGGCUUUAUAGAGCUGAUAGGUCAGGAUGGAUACAGGCCGAUCCACAUGAUCACAUUUUCCCCCAAAAAAUCAGAGUGCCUAGAGCAGCUCAUCGCCCAUAACGUCAAUAUCAACGGUAAGGACCGCCACGGCAACACUUUGUUGCAGUCGAUGAUCAAAUGGAGAUACAAGGAUGUUCAAUUCCUCAAGAAACUCAUCGAGUGCGGGUCUAAUCCAAAUUGCACCGAUUCGUCUUGGAAUAACUGUCUGCACAGCCUGGCUGUCAGGUGUCAAAUCAUGGAAAACGCCGAUAUCCAGGCCGUUUCAGACAUGUUACUUGCCAAAAUUAUAGAUGUGGAUGCCAAGAACAGAUGCGGGGAUACUGCUCUGUUCCGCGCUUGCCAGUACAACAACUCUUUGUUCGCCAAGAUUCUGCUUCAGAAUGGCGCCGAUAUGCUCUCCACGUGCAAAGAGGGCUUGACGCCGUUCGAUGAAGCCCUGAGGCAAGAUAAUCAGGAAAUAUUGGAAGAAAUGAUGAGGAGCGUGGUUGAAAGGGAAAGGAGUGGAGAAGCUAUGGAUUCUCUUGUCAUGCGAAGGAUAGAAUCGAACGCCGAAUUGGAGAAAUUAUAUGUGGCUAUAAGCAAAGUUAUGGAUUGGUUGUAG